UACUUAUAUUUAUUGUAUAAAUACAAAGCUUUUGCCUAAAAAAUUUUCUUUUUUAGUUCAUUGAUUGUCCAUUUAAAAUGUAAGAUUUGUUUAAAUUAAGUGUUUUUAGCAAUUGCUUAAAAUCAUAAGCUAAGUUUAUAUACAUACAUCCACGUUUCAAACGAAAACAACAAUAUUGCAAAUAGUUUUAUACAGAAUUAAAUUUUCAGUUUUGAUUUAUGAAUUUGAAGUGAGGUUCAUCCCAUAAAGUGGAUAGUACCCACUUUACCUCAAACAUCAAGAUAAAGUAAAAACCCUAAGGAUAUGAUUACGUGUGGCAACAUUUAUGUUUCCACGUGUAGAGAAAAAGAUAAAUGAAAUUAAGAAUAUACAAUGGCCGAAACGAAAGAAAUGAUUGAAUAUUUGGUUGCUGAUACUACAGCUUUUAUUAAUGCAGUUCAGCUAAAUGAUUAUGCUAGAAAUGUUUUAACCGUCCCAGAUGUCAUUCAAGAGGUCCGUAAUAAACGUCAAAUCCGUCGGCUUUGUGUGUUACCGUUUGAUUUACAAGUACGAGAACCUCGCACUGAUAGUAUAAAACAUUGUGUAGAAUUCGCAAAAAAGACUGGUGACUAUGCCAGUCUGUCUGGUAUCGACAUUAAGGUGAUUUCGUUAACUUAUGAACUAGAAGUUGAUAACGUUGGUUCUGCACAUUUGCGUACGGAACCUGUUAUAUCAAAAACAAUAGCAUCUAAGGAAAUGCCUGAAGAAUUCCAAGAGAAUGCUAAACUGGCAGGCUGGUAUAAUCCGGAAGGUGAAGACGAAUCAAGUGGUGACGACACUAAUGAAGAUGAAUAUUCUGAAUCUGUUAAUCGUGCCAACGACAAAGAAGAUUCCGUUAAAAGUUCGAUAGAAUAUCAAAUAAAUGAUGUGAACGGAAACCAGGACAUUAAUGAUGAAAUAACACAAGAAGAACUAGAUAAAUUCUUUGAAAAGCUAAAUUGUAAUGUUGAUGAUAAUGAAGUCUACGAUUUGCUUGUACCAAAAAGCGAGGAUUCACUAGAUCCCCAAAUUGCUAGCGACGGUGAAUCUAAAUCCAUUGAUGAAUAUGACAAUACCCCCACUCAGCACUCAGAACAGAAAAUAGAUGAGAAUGGUGGCAUUGAAGGUGGUUGGAUUACACCAUCUAAUAUUAAAAAGGUGAAAAAAUCCUUAGAAGGCAAAGUGAAAUCUGAUGUUGUUCCUGUUGUCGCAUGUAUGUCGACAGAUUAUGCACUUCAAAAUGUUUUAAAACAAAUAAAUUUGCAAAUUUGUGCGCUUGAUGGACGUGUAAUUAAACAUUUACGCACCUAUAUUUUACGAUGCUAUGCCUGUUUUAAAACAACAAGUAUAAUGACAAAAGUGUUUUGUCCAAACUGUGGCAAUAAAACCUUGAAACGAGUAGCUGUUAGUCUGGAUGAAAACGGAAAGCAAGUGAUUCACAUAAAUACACGCCGUUCCCUAACAGCUAAAUAUAAGAACCAAAGCUUACCAAGAUUUCAAGGAGGAAAACAUUCCCGUAACCCAAUAUUAUUUGAGGACCAGCCCAUACCGAGGCAGAUGCCGUCACGUGUAGCAAAGACCAAAACGAAUGCUUUAGAUGAAGAUUACAUUGCCGGUUUUUCGCCUUUCGUUAUGCGUGAUGUAGAUUCAAAAUCGGCUAUGCUGCGUUCUAAAGGCAACCUUAAGGAGUGGGCUAGGAAUAAUACAUUUGAAGAAGAUCGGCGUAGAAAACAUUACAAUAGGGUUUAUAAAUAAAUUUGAUAGUUAAUAUAUAA